AUGACAGACAAUUUAAUAACAGCACCUUAUUUUUCUUCAAAGAAGAAGUUCUUUUACAAAAAUCUACUUGAUGAGAAUUCUAAGGUGGAUUUUAUCUCACAAUAUAGAAUGAUUUAAAAAAUGAAAGAUUCAGGAUAACCACUUUAAGUAUAAGAAUACACACAUAGAAACGAAUACAAACCUCUCUUCACUUUUGGAUCUCCUAAGCAUUCUCUCGAAUAAAUCACUACUAAAUAAUCAACUCAUUUAACUACAACUCAACGUGUCAUUCCAAAUACAAUUGCUUCAUUUGAUAGAGAUGAAUCAUUACCUACAAUAUCAAAAAAAAAGAGAGCAAAUAUAAAGAAAAUCAAAAUGAUUACAUAAGCUUAAUAAGAUCUCUAAAUACUUGAUUAUUUGGAAUAUGUUAAAUAAACUCAAUUAUAAAAAAAACAAUUGAAUAACAUUUUUGAGAAAUUAGAUGAAAAACAAGGAGAUACAUUUGUUUCUUUAAAUUAAUUAAAACAGAACCAUCUCAAAUCAAUUAAAGCUGAAUAAAACUUAUACAUACAUAAACUUAUAUUCAGUUCUUUUGCUGUCUACUCUAUUAAAGUAUUGAAAUCAAUUACCAUAUAAGAAAUUAUUGAUUUAUAUUUGGCAGCCCAAAAAAUAUAAACAAGUUAAUUUAGUUCUGUAGAAUAAAUUGUUUAAUCCUUCUUAUCUGAUCUAGAGAUUGCCUCUAGAAUUUAUAAUUCAACUAAACUUAUGGCCUCUGCCUUAUGUAAAAUUACUGGUAUUGAUUAUAAAUUAUUUUAUCUCCUCUACAAACCUAAGAGAAUUCUCCCUAAUACUGAAGGCUAUGUAAUUGAUGAGAAUUUUGCAAAUAAUUAUCAAUACACCCACAUUGAUUGUUAUGAUGUCUAUUAUAGAAUAUUUGGAGCUGGAGAUUUACCCUAUGAAUAUUAAGAGCAUAUGAAAGACUUCUAUUCUUAAGAAGCAUAACCAACUAUGUUUAAUAGUUAAAUUAGAUAAAAAGAUUAUAAAUUAGCUAAAUAGAAGUUGGAGAAUGAUUUUGGAAAGGAUAAGACUGGUUGGUACAAUAAUGCUAAUAAAAUUGAAGUUGAUUUAGAUUUUAUUAGAAAAUUACUAUAUUACCAAAAAAAUUUAUAAAUUUCACUAAAGAAUAAACAAUAAGAUAUUAUAAUAAAUAAACAGUUGUAAUUGUAACACUAUACUAAAUAAGUGAUCACAGAAUAACCUGAAGAAUAAAAAUAGAGAUAAUUGAUGUAACAAACUAAUUCUCUAUUGUAUAAAAUUGAAACUGUAGAAAAUUAAAUAGGAACAUUCCCAUUAGUUUCUAGAGCUAAUCGUUAUUUUUAUGAAAAUCUACAUUAUCUUGAAAGAAUACAGAAUAAAAUAAAGAAGAAUGAUUAUUAAAUAUAAUGA